AUGUCCGGCGUAGACGACCCCGAUGAGCGUCGACGCUACCAGGCACCUUACAGUGCCCGGAAUCCAAUACCUACCAUAGCCAGGUACCGCGAGGAGAAGGCCGCCCGGCAGCAGGAAGCCCUCAACAACAGCACAGUCGAUGUCAGCAAGACAUGUGACCAACCCGAGGCUGCCCCCAAUGCGUCAGCAACCACAGAUUCUGGCGCUGCGCCGGGUGACCAGGCCGACAACGCCUUAGAGGAGCCGGGCCAGACGCACGCGGAGCCCCAGGAAGGACCCGAGAUGUUGAAAGACACCUCCGAGGUGGACCCCGCAGCGACUGACGCCAGGCAGCGGCGGAAGAACAGCAAGGCCUGGGACAAGGAGAGGGCGGAGCGUCUGGUGACGGACCCCGUGACGCACCUCCCCAUCACCAUCCACGACUUCACCGAGGAUGCGCUCCAGGAGGCCGACGUGGAGGGCGCAACACCGGGCCUCUUGCACAGGAUUGCCAACAGGUUGUCUCCUAGGAGUUCGGAUGAGAAGCUGCGUCUGGAGCAGCAGCAUAUCCAGAUGGGCCAUGAAAUCUUGACAAAUCGGUUCCCGCCCCCGAGCUUCGACGCCCUGCGUCAGGAACUGUCCUCUAUCCACCAGAAGGGUGUCGCAAUGGGGUUGGCCGGCGCCGUCUUGGUAUUGUUCGGGGCGUUUGUUCUGGAGAGGCAGCUUCCAAGGGUUGACCGGAGGCUCACGUUGAUAGAUAUGGCGGUUCUGCUGGGUGUUGCCACGGGGGCUAUAGGAUCUCUCUGGGCUCUCGUGUAUGGCGUCAAGGAUUGGGUCGGCAGGAGAGUCGAUGCGGUAUUCGAAGACGAGGUUUGGGAAGCCCAGCGGCAGCAGAUCGUCCAGUCGGCCACAAAGUACGAGAAGGAGACCACAGUCUGGCUCAACUCGCUCCUCGGAGCCAUGUGGCCCCUUGUUAAUCCAGACCUGUUUGCCAGUUUGGGAGACACCCUUGAGGAUGUUAUGCAGGCAUCAUUGCCCAAAUUCAUUCGCAUGGUGAGCGUGGACGACAUUGGGCAAGGAAGCGAGGCCGUACGAAUUCUCGGCGUUCGAUGGCUCCCGGCGGGUGCUGCCACCGAAUCUGUCACGGCGGACGGCAAAAUCACCUCUGACAAGAGCUCCGAGAAGUCCAGCAAGGGGAGCAGCGUCGUCAAAUCUGACAAGUCUGGGGAACAGACCGACCAAAAUGCCGACCAAGACGAGGCAGAUGAGGACCUGGUCUCGCCCGGUCUGCUCGCGGAGGAAGGGGAGUUCAUCAAUUUGGAGAUCGCCUUUGCUUACCGAACUCGUAGCCAGUCAAAGAGCUUCAAGGCAAAGUCCAAAGACAUGCACAUCUACCUUGCCUUCUUCCUGCCAGGGAACAUCAAGAUCCCUGUGUGGGUUGACCUCCACGGCAUCGUGGGCACCAUGAGAUUGCGGCUGCAGCUGACUCCCGACCCCCCCUUUUUCGAGCUCUGCACAAUCACUUUCCUCGGCCAACCCAAAGUCAAUCUCAGCUGUGUGCCUCUUAGCAAGCAUGGCUUGAACAUCAUGGACGUGCCCCUGAUCAGCAAAUUCGUCCAGUCGGCGGUGGACGCGGCGAUGGCCCAGUACGUUGCCCCGAAAAGUCUAACACUCGAUCUCAAGGAUAUGCUCUCGGGUGAAGAUUUCAAGAAGGACACGCACGGCCGCGGAGUCCUGGUGAUCCACAUCAAGCGAGGCUACGAUUUCAAGAUGGGCGACUCGGCCAUCCCUCUCGUCAAGGAUGGCAGUUCCGAUCCGUACGUAUCCGUGGGCUGGGCGAAAUUCGGAAAGGUCGUGUCCAGCACGCGGAUCAUGCUCUCUGAGAUGCAGCCCUGCUGGGAGGAGACAUUCUUCAUGCUGGUCACGCUGGCAGAACUCAAUGUGGAGGAGAGACUGAGGGUGCAGCUGUGGGAUUCGGACCGGUUCAGUGCAGACGACGACCUCGGUCGCAUCGAAGUGAGCCUCGUGGAGAUCAUGUCGAACAAGGAUUCGCACGGGAAGAUGUGGGACCGCACCGACGGGUUCAGGGCACUCAAGCCUGGCGACGAAAUGCCGGGAAAGCUCGAGUGGAGCGUCGGAUACUUCCCCAAGGCCAGGAUCCAGCAAUCCCAGUUCGACAAGCAGACCGUCGACCCGGCCGUUCGAUCCAUGGAGCAGCUCAGGGCCAAGGUCGACGAGAACUGCGAGCGGAAGCUCCGUGAGGCCAUCUUCAAGGAGCGGAAGACGGGGAGAAACGAGGACGAGCUCAAGCAGCAGAAGAAGCAGGAGCUCAAGGCCCAGCAGGACGCCAUGAUCAUAUCGGCGCCCCCUCCGGAUGGCUACCCAAGCGGCAUCUUCAGCUUGCAGGUCCAUAACAUCACCGGCCUGGAAGUCGAGAAGCUGAGCAAGGUUUCGUCGGAUAAGCACCUCGAGUCGGACGAUGAGAGGGAGCAAGGCCACGAGGGCCUGCCCAGCGCAUACUGCACCAUCUUGAUCAACCAUCAUAAGGUGUACAGGACGAGGACGAAGCCCCAGAACUCGAAGCCGUUCUACAAUGCCGGCUGUGAGAGGUUCAUCCGCGAUUGGCGCGAUGCCGAGGUCUUCGUAUCUGUCCGGGACUCCCGCAUGGACGAGGACGACCCCCUCCUGGGCAUGGUGCACUUACCUCUGUACGAGAUCUUCAAGGAGAGGUCGCAGGUCACGGGCACCUGGCCGCUCGCCGGCGGCAUCGGCCACGGAAAGGUCAGGCUCUCCAUGGUCUGGCGGAGUGUGCAGCUGCAGGCGCCCCGGAACCUCCUGGGCUGGGAUUUCGGCACUGUCGAGGUCAAGCCUCUCAUAACGGGGCACGGGCUGCCCGGCGAGCUCUACGGCUCCAAGCUGAAGCUCAGGAGCAACCUCAGCUCCGGGAAGAUGUACGCGAGCAAGAACGAGAACAGCUGGCAGCCCAAGUCCGAGGAGGAGAGUGUUCUCUUGGCGGUGCAGAAGCGCUAUAGCAGCUGCGUGUCGAUUGCCUUCAAGCACAAUCGAGUCUUUGGUGACGACGUUGUCGCCUUUUGUGUUCUGUGGCUCAGGGAUGUGCCGGACGAGGAGGACCAGGAGCUGGAGCUUCCCGUGUGGAAGGGUGAUUUUAAAAGGGCAUGCUCCAACAGUUUAGAAGCACCAGGCGAAAAGAUCGGAACCUUGAGAGUGAAACUUAUUUACUGGGCUGGGCUGGGCAUGGCUCACUCUGCAUGGGCAAACAAAGACCAGAAUCUCCGCGAUAUCGUCGAAGUCAUAAAUACGGCACAGGAGAACCAGGAUCUCGACAAGAUCGAGAGGAAGAUCGGAAUCGUCGACGCGGAGCUGUCCAGUGACAGCGACAGUUCUGAUGGGGAGAGAGACAUCCCCGACGGAAGUGCCAACGAUAAGCAAGGCCCAAUCGACCAAAUCAGGGACUACAAGCGCCGCGAGAAGGCUUUGCAUAGGCGGCACCGGGGAUUAAUGCAGUGGAAGAUUCCUCGGACCGCCAAGUGGGUGAAGAACAAAGUCGAGGGCCUCGAGAAGCGAGUAUCCGGAGCCUUUGACCGCACAACUGGGCAGGCUGGGAUUGAGACUGAAGUGUAA